UGCCAUGGGACAAUUUGUGAGACAUCAGGAACCCAGGGGUCCGUGAGCGGCUGGCGGCCCUUUGCCAGCCAAGAAGCGGCAGGGCCCUCCCACUCCAACGUCCACAGAGGCCACCCGGCACGUGGCCGUUGACAUGGUCCCAGCGACGAGACUUAGGUCGUACCAGGCGGGGAGGGCCUUUCUGUGUGGCUCUCCUGACCGGAUUCCCCACACCCCAUAUUCUCUGCUGGAGAUGGCACUAAUUGAUGCUUAUCCACACUGGCCACUGCUAGUCCACCCCCACACUCAUCGUAUCUUUCCAAUCGCGCUGCAGAGAACACCUGUGCCGCCAAGCUCGUCAUCCAUAUUGGUCAGCUGUCGAGACGUAAUAACCCAACCUCAACCCCACCCUUUCCUCUUUUCCUCUUCCUACAGACCAGCCACCCCGAAGCGCAAAAACACACCCCCACAGACGGGCCGCCAUGGCUUUCACCAUCACCACUACCACCGCCCCAGGCGAGCAGUCUCAAGCAGAAGGGGGGCACGACGCCCCGCGAGAAAGCCAAUGCCGCAGGGCCCUUCAUCCAACGCAACUAUCGCGCCAACCGAGCCCGCCGCAAACUGGGCGGUCUGAAUCUCGAGCGUCCGAUGGGCAGCCGGAAUUUCGACUACUUUCGUAAGGCUAAGAAAGCCCGUACUGAGCAAGCGGCGACCGAUGGCAGCGAACAGUAGCAGCAACAAAGGAGGAACCCAGGCAAGCACGAUGAAACAAUGGACAGCUCGGCACGGUGGUCGGACACCGACUAGCGCAUGCGCUAGG